CAGUUGCCCGUCGGUGUGUCGUUUGUGCGCUAAGAAACAAAGAAAUGCUUUUCUAACACAAAAAAAAAAUUUGUAAAAAAAAUUAAAUUAAAUAUACCAUAGCGCCAGCUGAGGAAAAUCAUAAAUAAAAACUUUAAAUAAAUACGCUUUUGAAGUUCUUCUGAGCGGGCAAUAAAGUUGACUUCUUCCGAGUUGCCGUGUGCGUCGCAACAUGGCCCACCAGCUGCGCCAACACGGUUUGCCCCAUUUCAGAGCAUCCAUACCGCGCUGCCUCCGUUUAGCGUUCGCACUGCUGAUUACAUUGAAUUGCUUGCAAAUUGCGAAUUCUCAAAAGACAAAUGUCGGUCUCAUCUACGAAAGCACAAAGCCCGAAAUGGAGAAAAUCUUUCAAAUGGCAAUCGCACAGGCGAAUGAAGAUAGCGGCGGCGAACUGGAGCUGCACGGCAUAGCGGUGGCCAUUGAGCCGGGCAAUGCAUUCGAAACAUCAAAGAAACUCUGCAAAAUGUUAAGGCAAAAUUUAGUGGCUGUUUUCGGACCAACGACAGAUUUGGCCGCCAAACAUGCAAUGAGUAUUUGCGAUGCCAAAGAGCUGCCAUUCAUCGACACACGUUGGGAUUUCGGUGUACAAAUGCCAACAGUUAAUUUGUAUCCGCACGCCUCACAGCUGGCGUUGGCGCUGAAGGAUUUGGUUGUGGCACUAGAAUGGAGUGAUACCUUUACAAUCAUCUAUGAAACGGGUGAAUUUCUGCCGACGGUUAAUGAAUUACUGCAAAUGUACGGCACGGCAGGGCCCACAAUCACUCUCAGGCGCUAUGAGUUGGAUUUGAAUGGUGACUAUCGCAAUGUGCUGCGUCGCAUUAAAAACUCUGGUGACUACUCUUUCGUGGUGGUGGGUUCGAUGGCGACGUUGCCGGAAUUUUUCAAACAGGCUCAACAAGUUGGCCUCAUGACCAGCGAUUAUCGUUACAUUGUGGGUAAUUUGGAUUUGCAAACCAUAGAUUUGGAGCCUUUUCAACAUGGCGACACCAACAUCACCGGCAUGCGUUUGGUUUCACCGGAAAUGGAAAACGUGCAGAAUUUGGCGAAGGCUUUAUAUGAAACGGAUGAUCCUUUUCAAAAUGUGUCAUGUCCUUUGACCACCAACAUGGCAUUGGUGUACGAUGGCGUACAGUUGUUGGCUGAAACAUUCAAACACGUUAUGUUCCGUGCGGUGCCAUUAAAUUGUAAUGAUGCCAGCUCAUGGGAUAAGGGAUACACGCUCGUUAACUAUAUGAAAUCGUUAAGCUUGAAUGGACUCACUGGCGAAGUUAAAUUCGACUAUGAAGGCUUACGUUCAGAUUUCACAUUGGAUGUUAUCGAGUUGAGCAUGUCAGGUAUGCAGAAAAUAGGUGAAUGGAAGACUGAAGAUGGCUUCAUAGCUAAUCGACCACCGCCAAAGAUUGUGGAGCAGGAUCAACGUUCGUUGGUGAAUAAAAGUUUCGUUGUAAUAACAGCCAUAAGUGAGCCAUACGGCAUGCUGAAGGAGACGGCUGCUAAAUUGGAAGGCAAUGAUCAAUUCGAAGGCUUUGGCAUCGAGUUAAUCGAGGAGCUGGGCAAAAAAUUGGGUUUCAGCUUCACUUUCCGUCUGCAGGAGGAUAACAAAUAUGGUUCGUUCAAUCCGAAAACGGGCAAAUUCGAUGGCAUGAUGUUGGAGAUUAUUGAAGGACGAGCCGACAUGGGUAUUACCGACUUGACCAUGACUUCGAUACGAGAGGAGGGCGUCGAUUUCACAAUACCCUUCAUGAAUUUAGGUAUUGCCAUCUUAUUUCGCAAGCCAAUGAAAGAGCCACCCAAACUCUUCUCAUUUAUGUCACCAUUCUCGGGCACUGUUUGGAUGUGGUUGGGCAUAGCCUACUUGAGCGUAUCACUAACACUCUUCAUAUUGGGGCGCAUUUCACCGACCGAGUGGGAUAAUCCGUAUCCGUGCAUUGAAGAGCCCACCGAAUUGGAGAACCAAUUUAGUUUUCCUAAUUGCUUGUGGUUCUCCACCGGUGCACUGUUGCAGCAGGGCUCUGAGUUAGCGCCAAAAGCAUACUCAACGCGUACUGUGGCCUCAAUUUGGUGGUUUUUCACGUUGAUUCUGGUCUCCUCAUACACCGCAAAUUUGGCCGCUUUCCUGACGAUAGAAUCACUCAGCAGCCCCAUAGAGAAUGCAGAGGAUUUGGCCGCCAAUAAGGGUGGCGUUAAAUACGGCGCAAAAGUGGGCGGCAGCACAUUCACGUUCUUUCAGGACGCUAAAUAUCCAACGUAUCAGAAAAUGUACGAGUUUAUGCGCGACAAUCCGGAAUAUAUGACCUCAACCAAUGCGGAAGGUGUGGACCGUGUGGAAAAUGAUAAUUAUGCAUUUUUGAUGGAGUCAACCACCAUUGAAUAUAUCACCGAGCGUCGCUGUAGUUUGACACAAGUCGGUUCGCUUUUGGAUGAGAAGGGUUAUGGCAUUGCGAUGCGGAAGAAUUGGCCCUAUCGCGACAUCCUCAGCCAAGCCGUACUCGAGCUGCAAGAACAAGGUGUACUCACCAAAAUGAAAACCAAGUGGUGGAAGGAGAAACGCGGUGGUGGAGCCUGUUCGGAUAGCAGCAGUGACGGUGGAGCCGUAGCCUUAGAGUUAAGCAAUUUAGGGGGCGUCUACUUGGUACUGAUUGUAGGAUCCUUCUUUGGUGUUUUUGUCGCUAUACUUGAAAUGGUUUUGGGCGUAAAGGAACGCUCCGAUGAGAACAAGGUGUCCUUCAAAACCGAACUCAUUGAGGAGUUCCGCUUCGUUAUGCAAUGCUCCGGCAAUACCAGACCCGUUAAAUAUCCCAAGAAUUCGAGCCGCAGUCGCAGUCGCAGCUCCCGUUCGCGUUCGCGUUCGCAUUCUCGUUCACAUUCUCGUUCCAGUUCGAAAAGUUCUACAUUGUCCGUGGACUCCUUGCCGUUGGAUGAGAGUAAAUUGCAUCACAUUAGUGAGCACACUAAGCACGCCAAAUGAGUAUACAUAUAUACGAGUAUUUACGUCUACAGUUGGUAUGAGGCGUCGGCGACUGGUGGCGUUGGAAGAUUUAGAAAAUAAAAGCAAAGUUUUUACGUGCAACUCUUAAAUGACUUGUUAGAUUGCUUUGUUUUACCGUUAAGUAUGUUGUUUAUUAUACCUAUUCGUUGUACAGCAGCAUUUACUUUAAGUUUUCCUGCUUCGAGAAGAGAACUUUACUCAUCAUUCACUUGUUAAAAUUUUCUAAAUAAAUAAAUCGAUAUGUUUGUUGUUUAAAAUAUUU